CCGCCCGCUGCCGCCGCCGGUUCACGAGUCACCGGCAAUCGCGAACUAGACUAGUAAAAACAGCUCAGUGCGCGAGCAAGCGUGAUACGGAAUGAUCGUGUGGUGCGUCUUGCGCGGACGUUGACUCUGCGAUUUAUUUUUUUAUCUUGCGAUUUAUACGGCCAGAAUUAUUCAAACGUUUUGGAGUAUACAGUCGAGAAAAAGAAAAAGUAUUUAUUGACAAAGUUGACAUUUAUACUAUUCGCGAAGAUUUUUGACUAACAUUGUGAACUUCCGUAUAGACGCGAAAAUAAGUGAAGACAUUUCGAAAACAAAGGACUGUUUUGUACAUUUUCGCGACAAUUGCGAAAUUGUGUUCAAAAAUUACUGAUCUGGCAAUAUCGUGUGGGGGCACAAAAAAAUCGGAGCCCUUGACCAACUAGUUCGGGCACAAUCUGUGGUCGUCAAACGACAAAACAAAAUCGCAACGAAUUUGCUAAAACGUUACAAUUCGUUUUAAAGACAUUCUUGUAAAAUUCCCGUCAACGUCUUGAACUCGAAAAAAUUACAGUGAAUUUGUCGACCUGUCACAUCGUGCUGCAGUGGAUCUGUUUGCAAAAUUUAAACACGAAGAACAAACUUCAUUAUAUUUAUCCUGGAUUGAGUGUCGAAUUGGUUUUACAUAAUGUCUACUGCCAUAAUGCAUCAGUCUGCGCUGUACGGUUUUGACGAUCUUUUCUUGAAGAUGAGUCCUGAGUAUGAUGGUGGAAUAACGUCCUCCAACCAAACUCGACCAGUGCAGACGAUGAAUGGUACUGCUGCUCCAGUAGGCGCUGGUACAGUAACCAAUGGCUUGAACUGGGAACAUCCAGCACUCAGCCGCGCCGCUUCCGUUCCCGCACACCGUACACUUGCGGGUCUGCUGGACCGCCUGGUUCAUCAUCGACGCCUCGAACGCACUACCAGCGAACCAGCACCACCUCCUACCGCAACUAGCAGAUACAAAACUGAGCUGUGUCGACCAUUCGAAGAAGCCGGAGUAUGCAAAUAUGGCGACAAGUGCCAGUUUGCACAUGGAAUGCGCGAAUUACGAAACCUACAACGUCACCCUAAAUACAAGACUGAGCUGUGCCGUACCUUUCAUUCUGUUGGUUUUUGUCCGUACGGACCGCGAUGCCACUUUGUUCAUAAUGCGGAAGAAGCACGACGCCGUGAGCCAUCUUCGCCAGGUGGUUCUGUGGCAUCUUUAUCCUCUGGAGGAUCGCUCGCGUCUUACAUGAGUGAUGGAUCUCGAUCUCCACGUUCACCACAUUCUCCACAUUCUCCUCAAUCUCCGCUCGCGCCCCAAUCACCGCUGGCUCCUCACUCUCCGCCAGCGCUUUCUCCACCAGCACAAACUCCGGCAUUUGCUUUUCUUCGCGCUCAUUCGCCUGACCCAGAAGAGGAGCGGCUGCCAGUGUUUAAUCGACUUUCCUCGGCAUUCGGUGACCUCGUUAUUGCCUAGGGCGUUAUGGUUAUUAAACUAGUCCUAAGUUAACUUAUACCAUUCUAGCAUAAGAAUCGUCUGUCACCGUAGUGCCUACUCAACGUCUUCCAAAUCGUGCCCGAGGGCCGUCCCGCUCGUCGCGCCUCGCGCAUCAGCCGCACCAGCACACCCGCUCAACGAAUGAUCUCCAGUUUGUCGAUGCCCUUUAACUACUUCGCCCUGUAAUUUAUAAAGUUAAAGAAGUAUUUACUGGCGUCUCGAAAGUUUGCGGUGUGAAUGUAGUGUUUACAUGUACAUCUUUAGUUAUUGGCACGCACUUGUAAUUAAUGGAAUCUUGUGUUAUUAGAUAUUUAUUGCAUAGCUCGCGGAAGUCUUCCCGAAGCGAUCCUCCGCCGAGCGGUGGUCUCUGUAAAGUUAGCUUAUAGAACAUUUAUUUAUUUCUACUGCCUUUCCGCGCUCGGUAUUGUACCGCGAGAAGGCGCUCGUGAUCUAUUUUUAAGGGUUUAAGAUAAUAAUUUAUUAUUUAUUUCGAGUCUCUUUAACUGUAAUAAUUAUUUUGUAGCUAGCAGCUGCGAUGCCGCACCGCAUACGGACGGGGCCCGCGUCGACGGGACGUGGCUCGUUUUGAAAGUUUACAAAAUUGCUCGACUGAUAAUGCUCAGAUAAAAUGAAAUAAAUCUAGUUUUCUACCUUUAGUUUUAACGGGCCGAAUCAGUCGAGAAUACUUCGGGAGUUCGGCAGAAUAUUUCAUAUUAAAUUAUUUUAACUUUUUCUGUUCUAACCUACGUCUGAAUUUUUACCCGAAAGUUUUCAUUUGUGUCACAGCAAGUACACAGCAUUAAUCGCAUCCUCACCACCACAAGCGAUCUCAAUCAUCUGUGGCCCAUUUGAAACCAUCGGCGCGUUCCAGGAGCGAGCGGCAUGUUGCUUUUAGAGGCGGCUCGCUUGCGAACGAAUUUUUUUGUUUUGCGUUAAUCGAAGAAGGCUGGCAGCGAGCUAAACCUGUUUGAUGUUUUGUGGUGAUUGUUUUUUUCGAACCCUUACCGCACUCUCAGGGUCCUCCUCGCUUCGGCACUCGAUGAACGUCGAAUGCAUGCAAAAAAUGACAGAAAUUCGAAUAUAUGAUUGCCAAACUCCCGCAGUCUCAUGCGCUGAUAACAUGUAAAAAUAAAGACAUAAGUUGGAUAUGCUAAUAUUAAACGUGUUUAUAAUACAAUUGCCGUGUGGAACCAUUGCCGGAGGGGCGCGGGUGCAGAGUAGCAGCAGUCCUCCCCCUCGCGCUUCCACACCGCUGCUUGCCUGCACCCUGCGCCCCCUCCACACGAACAGUGCCUUUUACUUCAUAACAAAAUAAAUCGAUUAUUAUAUUUAAUUUUUAGUUGAUCGAGAUAGAUUAAUUGUUUAUUUAUUGUCUCCUUUUUAAUAGUAUAUUCAAAUGGGCACAGUAUAAUAUACUUUGACAGAACUAAGUGGCGGCUUAGUUUCUAUGUAGUACCUAUAUAGAUUUUUGAAUUUAAAGUGUGAUAUUUUAUAAUAUUUAUAAUAUAACAAAGUUUAAAUUUUUAAGUAAGGGACCAAUGUAAGGACUAUGACAAAUUCAUAUACAGUCAAAAGCUGUGUUGUGCUCGCACCGAUUAUAUGUUAUAUUUUGUUAUACCAUUGUAACAAAUCUAAAAUUUUGUAUUAUCUAAAUAAAAAGUAUGACCAUUGCUGGUUUGUGUUUAAUUGACAUUUUAUAAAACCGAGACGGUUAUUUGGUUUUUGUUUUCAUAAGUUAGUUUCAGUUUUUUUUUAUUAUAUCUUAGUCGUUGCAUGAUGGAUGACCACAAAACUAAUAAUUUUGUACCUAAUUUUAAGGAGCUAGCUAGUAUUAAGUGUUUUCAUAAAACAUACGAAAAUUAUUUAUUAUCAGUUCAUUACGAAAUGUAAACCAUUUAAGCCAAUUUAUUUAAUUUCUUUUAUAUUUAAAGCAACAUUACGAAGUAUAAUUUGUCUUAAUGUUAGUAAUAUAUCAUGUCAGUCAUAUAAUAAUACAAACAUUAGUUUAAAACUUAAGUACAUAUGUACGACGUUACAUUUAAGUAUUUAAUUUUUUUAAUUUAAUUCAAUUAUAAGGUAAUAUUCCAAAAAAAUGACUAUUACUACGUAUUCUUUUGUGGACAAAAUAUUAAGCUGUAGCUUGUUUUCGACAUUUUUCUUGUAAGUUUUCUUUAUUUUCUCGCAUCAUUCUUAUUGAAUUA